AUGUUGAUAAAACAUGAAACAGGAAAUGGAAGAGUUCUUGUGGUAGAUGGUGGAGGGAGCUUACGUUGUGCGAUACUUGGAGGAAACCCGGUAGUACAAGCUCAGAACAACGGAUGGGCAGGGAUCAUAGUCAACGGUUGCAUCAGAGACGUUGAUGAGAUCAAUGGCUGCGACAUUGGAGUGAGAGCUUUAGCUUCUCAUCCUAUAAAGGCUAGUAAGAAAGGGCUUGGUGAACAAAGAGUCCCUCUCCACAUUGCAGGCACUCGGAUUUGCGAUGGCGAGUGGCUUUAUGCAGAUACUGAUGGAAUCCUGGUUUCUCAGAUCGAAUUGUCGGUUUAG